GCCACUAGAUACGGAAGCGCACUAGACGAAAACUUUUGUUGCGUCCCAAAACAUUUGUACCAUUUGGACCAUUUAAUAGUUGAGCAUGGGGAUUCGGUGACCUUGAGGGCUUCAAAUUUUUCCAAUUUCACCAUAGAUAUCUCUAUUAGGAUGAUUUGGGCAUAAUGAAUUAAUAGAAUUUGGUCAUAGUCCAUCUUAGGUUGCUUCAAUUUCGCGUCAGCCCUUAAUCUGUCUGCAAUGGACAGGGAUACGAUGCUUGAGAGUUUUCUGGUAUAUUGAAUAUUAAUUUUUGAGCGUGCGCUUCCUAAUAUUAUUCGACUUCUAUAGGCGUGUACUGGAUUAACAGAUAUCACGUAUGCAAUAUCAAUACUGGAAGACCAUAACUGGGACUUAACGGCCGCUGUUUCCAGCAUUAUUAGUGACGUGUUGCCAGCAGGAUCAUCAGUUGUCCAAGAAGAUCAAUCUGUUCCAUAUUCCACAGUUUUUCCUAUGACUCCGCUUGGUGGACCCAUUCUGUCAUCUGAAUCCCCAAUGAAUCAUAACUUAGGGACUCAGACCGUUUCCGUAUCAACUAUGUGUGAUAUCGAUACUGAUAUUUCAGGGUGCGAUAUAUCUCCAGCGAUUUCUCGAUCCGUUAUUGAACUGGACAGUGAUCAAGCUACUAUUAAUUCCAAUAGAGCAGUUCGUAUCCUGAAUUUUGAAAUAGAUUUGGAAUUACCUAUAGAUGAUGAUACAGAUCAUGAACAAAAAGUUGUAAAAGAAAGUUUUCCUUUUCCUGAUACGGAGACAGUUGGAUUUUUGAAACAACAUUUUAUUGACUGUCGGUUGACUGAGCUCAUACAGUUAGCGACUAGUCCAGAAUUAGAAUCGAAAAUAACAGAGUGUAGCAAAGCCAACCUUUUAAAGCAUCUUGUUUUGGAGAGUUCUGGAUCUCAUUCUUUUUCUGACAACUCAACGCUCCUUCGUGCAUUACAUCUACCGAAAUGUAUUAAACUUCGAGCUAAACUCAAUCCGGAUCCAUUACCUUACUCUAAUUAUUCAAAUCAACAAAAUGGACAAGUUGUAUUACAUAUUAGUGUAUAUAAAACAAGUGAUAAUGAAAUACUGGCGCAAACAACAACUACUACUGAUAAUAGUAGUAGUUGUUGUGACGAUGAUGAUAAUUAUAACACUAAAGAUAUGAAUCUAUCUGAAAAUAAUCAACUAAAUACUGAUAGAUCAUAUUCACCUUAUGCUUAUCAUUAUUUACGUUUACCAUGUGAUUCAUAUAUAUCAAAAAUACAUAAUGAUUUACAUCGUAUUACUGGUAUACCAAUAACAAAUCAAUUAUGGUCUAUUAAAUCAAAACAUAAUCGUAAUGAUAAUAAUAAGAAGAGUAAUCUAUUAUUUAGUGAACAAAUACCAUCGAAUGAAGUGUUGAAUUCAUUAGUCAAUGAACUGAGUCGGCAUUAUCCUCAACAGUUAAAUAAACAAUCCAUUUUGUCAAAACAUUCAAAUGUUUCUUCUACUAUCAACACUGAUGAUGAUAAUGUUGUUGAACAAAAAUCUAGUCAUGACAAUGUAACAUUAGCUGAUUGUGGUUUGAAAUCCGGUGAUGUUUGUGAUUUAUGCUUGACUGCUUCAAAUCCAUUAAAUCAUCAUAAAAAUCCAAGUAAAGCUCAAUUAUCUCACAAUGCUGUUGAUACCCAUUACGAAUCAUUACAACAACGAGCAAAGAAAUCAUCUUCACAUUCUCUUGAUGAUAAUAUUCCCAGUGGUUCUUCCACCACCACCACCACCACCACAGCUGCUACUGACGUCCUCAUCACUGAAACUUCUUCCACUAGGAAUAAGUCUAACCGUAAAAUAUCAAGUUCGAAAAAACCCAAUUAUCGUAACGUAUCUCCAGAAAUUGGAUUCGAUGAUGACUAUGAUAACUGUAAUGACGACAAUGAGGAGGAGGAGGAGGAGGAUGAAGAUUAUGACAUGGAUUACCAUUAUUCUAGUGAUGAGAUACUUGAUGAAACUGAUGAUAAAAAAAUCACUCCAUGGAAUCAACCAUUAAUUCCUGAUGAUCCAAGUUUCGAAGAUCCAGAAUUGGCUACACAACAAUUUUGUAUAGUAUUUUUACAACGUUAUUGUAGGGAUGGUGUGACUAUGUCGCCACCAUUUUCUACAUGUAGCCUCGAAACUGCUCUAUCUUUGUCAGUUGGUACUGGUCAAGUGUGUGAUCGUAAACCAUUAUUUAUAUAUUUACACAAUGAUGCGAGUGUAGCAUGUCAUGUCUUCUGUCAACAAGUAUUAUGCUCAUCUGGUUUACUUAGAUUUCUAACUGAUCAUGAUUUUAGUUUAUGGCCAUGGGAUAUAACACAUACACGAACUAGAGAACGUUUAAUUGGUUGGCUUGAGGUGAAACUACCAAAUUUAUCAAGAAUAAUUACAUCAUUAACUGUAGAUAGUUAUCCUAUUCUAGCCAUGAUUGUCAAAUUAUCGAGUCAAUUAGAAGUGUUAUGUAUUGUAAUGGGUACUGGGAUUGUAAAAAUGUGGCCACCAAUUGAACAUUUUCCACCUUUGCUAAAUGUACGUCGUAGUAGUAGUAGCAGUCAUUUUACAUCAUCAUCAACAACUGUACAAUCAGUGAAAAAUGAUGCUAAUUCCUCGUCAGUGGGCACCAGUUGUGGUAGUUUAAAACCAGAUGUAAUUGUUGCAGAAUUAUGGCAAGCUUAUACAACAUAUUUGGAAUUGUUAGAACCGGAAUGUGCAGCUGAACGUGAAAUUAUUGCUCGACGACGUGUACUAGAAGAACAAGAAGCAGCCUAUGAAGAAUCGUUACGACGUGAUCAAGAAAAGGAAUGGGAACGUGCCAAAGCCAAAGCGGAAGAAGAUAAACGUAAACAACUUGAAGAAGAAAAACGUAUAAGUGAUGAAAUCAAAGCUACACAACAUCGAUUAUUUAUGGCUGCUAGUUUACCACCGGAACCACCUACACCAAAAACACCAGCAGCUGAAGCAUUUUUAUCUACACCAAAUGGUGUUGACGGUAUUACAACGUUGCGUUUUCGUUUACCUCCUCAGUGUUCUAAUGAUCCGAAUGUAAAGCAUAGUACAAUGAUUCGACGUUUCGCUGGUUCAGAUAUUUUAAAACAUGUAUUUAUGUUUAUGGAAUCGAAAGGUUAUUCCAAAUCAGAUUAUAAACUCUUCACUACAUAUCCAAUCCGAGAUUUAACUUUAAUGGAUGAAAAUAUGACUUUAGCUAAUUUAGAUCUUGUUCCACAAGAAACACUUACUUUGGAAUUACGUUAAAAAAAACAACAACAGGUAAUGUCAAAUAAUCGAAUCCACACACACACACACACCCCUCGCCAUUUUGUUUGUUUGUUUGUUUAUUCAGAAUAUUCAUUAUACAUAUACAUAUAUGAUGUAUGAUGUAAUUGUAUGGUACAAUUACUGUAAACACUGUGUACUUGUUUUUGGGUUUCUUCUUAUUAUUAUGAUGAUGAUUUUGUUACACAGUCCAUUCUGUACAUUUACUUAUACAUACAUACAUACAUACACACACACACACAAAAGUGUGUAAUUGAUGAAUCCACUUUUAUUUUUCCUUUCAUAUUUAUUAAGUUUUCUUAUAUAUUUAAUAGUGUGUUUUAUUUGUCCCAUUUAUCAUUCAAAUCCCCAAUACACACACACACACACACGUUUAUACACAACCAUAAUUUCAUUAGCAUAGUUUUAUUUACCUCUUCCUUAUUUUGUCUCUUUUCUUCUUCUUCUUCUUUUUUUCUUUCAAUCUGUUCAUUGUGAAAUUUCUAGGCCAUAGAUUGAAAUUCUUCACAUGGACCAUUAAAAAUUCAUCUACACUUUUUUCUUGUUCUUCUUCUUCUUCUUGUUCUUCUUUUAUUCAAUGAUGUGUGUACAUUAUGAAUAACUUGGUUUUCUCUUUGUUCAUUUUGUGUUUGUCUUUGUCUCUCUCUCUCUCCCUCUCUUUGUGUGUGUGUUUGUUUGUUUGUGUUAAAUGUUUCUCUUUGUUAAAAUGCAUCGUUUAUUAUUCAGAUUUAUUUAUUUAUAUAAAUUGUAGAUUGUGUACUAUGGAAAUGGUUGGUUGUUUGUUUGUUUGUUUAUUCUUUUAUUCAUUUCACUAAGUAACUAUUAAAGAUCAUUUCAACUAUCUUAAUGAUUAAUUCUAUGCACAUUCAUUCGUUAAAGGGAGAAGUAUCACAUUCUGUUGUUUAGAGGAAAUAUAGAUGCAGAAAAUAAAAUUAUAUCAUUGUGUUCUUAUUCUUUUUCUUCUUCUUCUUUAAUCUGUUUUUUUUUUCUUAAGUUUAUUAUUUUCCUUUUUGAAAGUUUCUUUUAUAAGUUUCAUCAUAACAUGAUAUGGAUGGAUUAGAUUACUUGUCUGUUA